UUCACUUGAUCGCAGCGGCAGCCGCAACCGGUGCAGUAGCUGCUGCGUGCGGGUGUGGAGGGGGGGACAGUAUGGCUCUUUGCGGAAAUAAAUAACGGGACCGGUUGAAAGAUAACGUUCCCAACUCAGACACACACACAAAAAAGAGCAAAAGAGCGAGCGAAGAAACUUGACUGAGCCACACGGGGGUCCUGUGUUGAUGCGUUUCUGGAUGCGAAUACCUGCUGAAAAUAAUCCCGGUUACCCGGAGGUCGUUGACACUGCAGUGUGUUUGCACACAGUCAGACAUUGAAGACCCCCCUCCUGCCAGUCCUGCAUAGCCUCCUGACAUUGAGAGGAUGGUGAUGGCGGAAGUGGCCCAGAGAGACAGAGAGAGGGUUGCUCCAACAGCAGAGGGGAGGCACAUCUUUGUGGAGCUUGGGGAACAGGACUUUGAUUCCAUUUGUCUCUCUACUUAUCGAACCGCCUGCAAGCUCCGAUUUAUACAGAAGAGAUGCAACCUGCAUCUGAUUGACAUUUACAACGUGAUCGAGGCGGUGCGGGACGCUGGGCUGAACGCGGUGGAGCUCAACGCUGGCAUCUCCGUCACCAGACUGGAGAACCUGGUUUCCUCCUUGUUCAACCAGCUCAGCAAACGUCUUCCCACCACUCACAUCAUCAACCCGCAAGAGAGCACCGUCCUCCUGGUCGAAUUCAUACUGGCCGCCGUUGACUGUGAGCCAGAAAGCCGCCUGACGGUCCUCUCUGUGAAGGCGAUGCUCUCCAUUCUUUGUGGAGGGAAGCUGGUAGAUAAACUGCGCUAUGUGUUUUCUCAGGUGUCGGACUCCAAGGGUGUCUUAGUUCUGUCCAAGUUUGACAGUUUUUUGAGAGAGGCUCUCAAGGUGCCCACCGCUCUACACGAAGGACCGUCCUUUGGGUACACGCGGACUGUGGCUCGCUCCUGUUUCCCACAACAGAAACGGGUGAUGCUCAACAUGUUCCUGGAUAUUGUAGCUGAGCCUCCUGAGUGUCUCGUCUGGCUGCCUCUGUUGCAUCGCAUGGCCAACGUGGAGCACGUCUACCAUCCAGUUUCCUGCUCCUACUGCCGCAGUAACGGGAUCACUGGCUUCCGCUAUCGCUGCCUGCGCUGCCGGGGUUAUCAGCUCUGCCAGAACUGCUUCUGGCGUGGGAAUGCCAGCGGCUCUCACAGCAGCCAGCACCAGAUGAAGGAGCACUCCUCUUGGAAGUCACCAGCGAAGAAGUUUGGUCGAGCCCUGAGCAGGACUUUGGGCUGUGCAUCUUCAAGAGACGCCUCCCGCCCAAUUUACCCUGAGGAGCCCGAGAAGACCCUGAACCUCACCAACAUAGUCCCCUCCAGACCGAUCGGGAACGCCAAUGAGGCCAUGUUGCUGUCUUCAUCAGUGCCAGAGUCCUCCAAGAGUUUGGCAGCAGCUCAGAGAAUGAACGAGGAGCAUGCUCUGAUUGCAGCGUAUGUCAAUCGACUGCAGAGCGGCCCCUGUGGCGUAGACAGUCCCAGCAGGCAGGAUGAGGAGCACAAACUCAUCGCUCGCUACACGUCCCGACUGGCGGAGACGGAGAGCACAGGAAUGAUUCCAACAAGGAGCAUCAACUUUGACGUGAACAAGCAGAAGCGGGAGCUCAUUGCUCAGCUGGAGUGUAAAAACAGAGAGAUCUUGGCAGAAAUCAAACGUCUUCGUGCAGAGCAUGACGCAGCGUGUCAGCCGAGCCCAGAGAGGGGCAGCACCAACCCAGCUCUGCUGGCCGAGCUUCGGCAGCUUCGACAGAGGAAAGAUGAACUGGAGCAGAGGAUGUCGUCCCUGCAAGAGAGCAGGAGAGAACUGAUGGUGCAGCUGGAGGGGCUGAUGAAGCUGCUCAAGGACGAGGAACAGCGACAGGCAGCACAGGCGGCCGGUUCUUCUCACGCCUCCCCGUCUCGACCGAGCCCCUCAACCGUCCGCUCCGUAGGCGCUCCGUCUCCUCAGGCUCACGCGCACCUGCCUCAGGACUCCCUCGCUGGGGUCGGCGGAGAUGUUCAGGAGGCCUUUGCUCAAGGCCCGAGAAGAAACCUGAGAAACGACCUUCUGGUAGCAGCCGACUCCAUCACCAACACCGUGUCGUCGCUGGUCAGAGAGCUCCACUCUGACGAAGGUCGAGAGGAAGAGGAGAGGUUGCUGAAUGGGAAGGACAGAGCAGGUUAAAAUGCUGGUGAAAUAUGGGGGAAAAACAUGCUGGUGUUUCAUCGCGGCCAAAGACGACCGACCCCACCUGGACUGAAAUGCAUCCUCAGUACCUGUCGGGCUGCAGUGGGUGCAUUCAGUCCUCUAUGCCAAUCAACCAAUCACGAUGCUGGACACCAAAUGACCGCCGUGGGUCUCUACUGAUGUAUAGCUGUGAUUUUGUGUGUGUGUGCGUGUCUUGUCUGUUUGUUUUUUGUUUUAUAAAUAUAUAUAUAUUGUUUUGAUCUGAUCGUGCAUAAUCAAACAAGGAAUCUGAAACCUACUGAUAUGUACUGUA